GAACACAGCGGAUGUUUCAGUUUUCAUAUUAAUGAUAUUGAAAUAAUUAUCAGUUAGGUCAGUCAACCCAAACGUGCGCUGGCAGCGGCAGUGUGCAGUCGUGCUUGUUUGAUACGCGCGCCAUCUAGCGACGGGUGGAGGAAACUGAGAAAAUGAUGCCCUCUGUGCGUGAGUUCUACACGGGCAAGUCCAUUCUAAUCACAGGAGCAACUGGUUUUGUUGGGAAGGUGCUAGUUGAGAAACUGCUACGAGACUGUCCCGGGGUAAAAACUAUUUACUUGUUAUUGAGACAGAAGAAGGGAGUUCCCGGGGAAGAACGGUUAAAGGAAUUGUGUAAUAAUAAAGUGUUCGAAUUAAUCCAUAAGAAGGAGCCAUCAGCGUUCAGUAAACUUAAGUUCAUAUCUGGAGAUAUCCUGGAAGAGGACCUGGGCCUCUCUAACGAUGACAGGCAGGAGUUGCAGAGGAAUUGUCAGAUCGUGAUGCAUAGUGCAGCUUGUGUUAGGUUUGAUCAAAAACUUAAGGAUGCAGUACACAUGAACACAACCGGGACACAUCGCUUGCUAAAACUCGCUGAAACCAUGGAAAAUCUUGAGGCGUUCGUGCACCUGUCCACCGCGUAUUGCCGCUGCGAUCUGGAGGAACUGGACGAGAAGCUGUACCCAGCUGUGCACAGCCCGCGCAAGAUCAUGGACAUCGUGGACUGGAUGGAUGAUGAGACCUUGAAGCAUAUUGAGCCCAAGAUAAUAGAAUCUGAACCAAAUACUUAUUCUUACACGAAAGCUAUAACCGAAGACUUAGUUGCUGAAUACAGUACAAAAUUCCCCAUCGCUAUCGGCCGGCCAUCUAUCGUGACAUCAGCAUGGAAGGAGCCCAUGCCUGGGUGGGUUGACAACCUCAAUGGACCAACUGGCUUGCUCAUUGGAAGUGGGAAAGGUGUCAUCCGCACAAUGCACUGCGAGCCCUCCUACACAGCAGAUGCGAUUCCUGUUGACGUGGUAGCCAAUGGUUGCAUACUUAUCGCGUAUGCCACCGCCCUGGACAAAUCAAAGGAGCCCCAAAUCUUUAACAUGACCCUGUCUGGCGUUCAGAAAAUAACGUGGAAGGAAGUUAUCGAUACUGGUGAAAAGUGGGUCAACACGUACCCCUUCCUGAUCGCGCUGUGGUACCCCGGAGGGAACAUCAAGUCUUACUGGCUGACCCACCAGCUGGCGGUCAUCUUCUUCCAUUUACUGCCAGCCUAUCUCUGCGACGCUUUGCUGUUCUUACUGGGAAAAAAGACAUUCAUGGUUAACGUUCAGAAAAGAAUCAGUCACGGUUUAGACGUUUUACAAUACUACACUACGAAAGAGUGGCAUUUCAAGAACAAUCGCUUCCUCUCGCUCAUGCAGCGUGUGAGUGAAGAGGAGAGGGAUAUCUUUUACAUUGACGUCAGCAAAUUAGAUCGGGACGAGUAUUUGAGGGAUUACGUGCUUGGCGCGAGACAUUUUGUGUGCAAGGAGGAUCCUGCGAGCUUGCCGAGGGCUAGGAAGUUGCAUAAGAUCCGUUACGUAGUGGAUGUGGUUUUAAAAACCUUGAUGACUGGUCUCUCUCUUUGGAUCCUGUAUUGUAAUAUGGAUACCUUCGCUGCGCUGGUGACACAAGCUGAUUCCAUGUUGAGAAGUUUUUUGAAUAUUAGUAACGAAUAAUGUUUUAAUUAAUAAAUAUAACCUAGGCAAGUAAUUAAGCAUUGUAUAAAAUAAAUAAAAAUAAAUGAGUCGGAGAAGUUUAUUUCGCGAGUAGAA